GGUUGGGAAAAUAAAGUUUCAUUUGAAAUUUGAUGACUUGGUGCGCUUGAAAUGGCUCGCUUCUCGAGGAUUCACUUAUUUGGUCUGCUAGUUUUAGCUUGCUGGAACUGCUCUACUUGCGCCCUUUCCUUAGAAGAGAAAUUACAGAUAUUAACCGAGAAAUUGGAAAUUGUGGAGGCAAAAGUAAAUCAUCUAGAGAGUGAAAAUAGUAAACUAAAAACUAAAAAUGAACAGCAAGACUCGAUUUUAACGGAUCUCCUACAAAACAGACGUCAAACCAAUGAAGAAUUAAAACUUUCUUCUAACAAUGGUUUACUUGAAAAUCAAUCAAUUGGAAAGAGUGCUGCUAUGCCAAGAACUUGUCGAGAGACCCGCCUCUCCAAUCCAGCGCUGGCUUCCGGCAUGUACUGGAUCGAUCCUGACGGCCAGGGCGUUGGAGAUGAUCCUAUCAGCGUUUACUGUGAUAUGAAUUCAGGUUCGACGUCAAUCUUGCACGACAGUGAAUCGCCAAUGAAUGUUGGACACUGCACCGAUCCUGGAUGCUAUUCAAGAGAAAUCAAUUAUAAUGCUUCAACGAGGCAAAUGGCAGCAUUAGCAGAGCUUUCUAAUGAAUGCCACCAGUCUAUCAAAUACGACUGUACCUCCGCGCCGUUCGAGGUUUACGGUGUCGCCUAUUCCUGGUGGAAUGAUAGAACCGGAAAUGCGAAUUAUUUUUGGUCAGGCAGCAACAGCAGCGUUCACGUCUGUCAGUGUGGCAUCGAUAACAAUUGUGUCGAAGUGUUUGUGCCAUGCAAUUGCGAUUCUGGCCUACCAACACCUCUAACCGAUGACGGUGUGAUAACCGAUAAAAAUAUCCUCCCAAUUACUCAACUGAACUUCGGCAGGACCAUUCUGGAAAGUUCGUCCGGCGUUCACACACUGGGCAGAUUUGAAUGCACCGGACAGGUAGUCGUCAGCGGAAUGCCGUCUUCUUGUGAAGACCUGUGGCACAUUGGGCACACCUUAAGUGGAUUAUAUUCUGUGAUGGGAAUUGCGAAAGUUGAAAAUAUUUAUUGUGACUUUACAAAACUACCUAGCGAUGCAGGUUUUCAAAAAUGGAUCGGGUAUGCAGACGUUAAAUCCGCACCUACCUACUUCUAUGUCCAGAGAAAUAGCUCCUUCAGUACAACAAAUAUUGCCAUUCCGUUCGAAUUGGCUGAACUCAACAUCGGAGGCGCUUUCGAUUUACCGUCUGGAAUUUUCACGGCACCUCGAACGGGCAUCUAUUUCUUUUCUUUCAUCGGAGUUCCGGAAUUCCCGACGUCUUCAGCUCUUUCUCAAAUAUUUAUAGCCCUCUUUUGGAAUGGCAAUCAAAUUGGGCGAGGGGUGAGUGAAGAAGGCAAUUCUGUAUCGUCUCAAAAUGAACAGAUUUCCAUUCAGUCUACGCUCAGUUUGAAUGCGGGUGAUAAAGUAUGGGUAGAGAUUGUAGUUAUGUCAACAGGGAUGUUUCUGUAUGACUCUGGUUCCCAUUGUAACCAUUUUAGUGGUUGGCUUUUAGAGGAAGAGUUUUCUCUGUCCUGAAAUACGUUUGAUUGUUAAUUAACUCUUGCAUUACUAAAGCUUUCUGUUGUUAGUAGUCCGUUUUUUUUGUGCUGGAAUACACUGCACUUAAAAGAUUUCAUGGUCAUUUUCACUGCCACCAGCGUACACCUUCAAUAUUGACUCUCGAUGAAUGGAGCGUGUCGUGUUUGUGUGUGCGCUCCCAUUGUGUCCUCACAUCAGCAGUCGUCUCUCCUUAAACGGCCGGGUCCUAAUUCGAAUGACAGUUGAAAGGAGAAAUCAAACACACAGCCGAGUUCUCGAAUUUCGCGACUCCUCAUUGUCGAAAUGUCGCGGUCCAUCCGCCAUUUAGAAGAAGAAGAAGACUGGAAACCAAGUCCAGCAGUGGCGCCACUACUCAAUGCACGAUGACAGUUCUCUCCUGACUGUCUUGGCGUCUUCCACUGUUUACUGUCCUCCUCUCUCCCUUUCAACUAUCCUAUUCAAAUAUAACUACAACCUACACAAGUAGUAUACAGAUGCUCCGAUCCCUAUUCAAUUACCACUUGAAACUGGAACGAUACUUGCUAUUUAAAAAACCGCACACAAAUACCCAACAAUUUAAAGAUGUUUGUAUUGACAGAAUUAUUGAUUAAUUAUAUAUUCAUGUGAUUAUUAA